AUGCAUUUCCCCUUAACACUGCUAAAAUGUUCUCAGAACCAAGCAGUGAUGGUUGAGCUAAAAAAUGGAGAAACGUACAGUGGCUUUUUGGUUUUUUGUGAUCGCUUCAUGAACUUACAUAUGAAAAAUAUAAUUUGCACAUCAAAAGAUGGUGAUAGAUUUUGGAAGAUUUCAGAAUGUUAUGUCAGAGGGAAUAGUGUAAAAUAUAUUCGAGUUCAAGAUCAAGCCAUCGAACAAGCCAUUGAAGAAACAACGGAGCAAAAGGCAAGGAACUUGGGCAGAGGAAGAGGCGGAAGAGGAAGAGCACGCGGAAUUGGCAGAGGUACAGAUAACAGAGGUCGGCAUGGAACGCAAAUUAGAAGGGGAGGAAGGGGCUACUAG